AUGGCGGCGAGGAGGGGCGUCGGGAUGCGCCUCCCUGGGUCGGGCGACGCGGGUUCGUCGUCGUCGGGCGUGGGAGGAGACUCGGGCGGGCCGAGGAGCCCGACGAACGGCGCGGCGAGGUCACCCGGGCAGCAGGGAGGCACGCCGUUCUCCAACUUCCGCAAGAUUGUCGACCCGUCGGGCCGGCUCAACUUUGCGCAGAAGGCCGUCCUGCACGCCGACGGCGUCGACUUUAGCUCGGGCGCGUCGUUCAAGAUCAAGAUGGACGACUUUGAGCUGUUCGAGGAGCUCGGCAAGGGCAACUACGGCACGGUGCAGAAGGUCCUGCAUCGGCCGACCGGCGUCGAGAUGGCCCUCAAGGAGAUCCGCCUCGAGCUCGACGACUCGAAGCUCAAGACGAUCGUCACCGAGCUCGACAUCCUGCAUCGUGCCGUCAGCCCGUGGAUCAUCGAGUUCUACGGCGCCUUCUUCGUCGAGUCGUGCGUCUACCUCUGCAUGCAGUUCAUGAACGCCGGUUCGCUCGACUUCUUCGCGGGCUGCGACGUCCCCGAGCUCGUGCUCGCGCGCAUCACAAAGAGCAUCGUCGCCGGCCUCAAGUUCCUCAAGGACGAGCUCCGCAUCAUGCAUCGAGACGUCAAGCCGACCAACGUGCUCCUCAACACGGCCGGGCAGGUUCGGCUCUGCGACUUUGGCGUGUCGGGUCAACUAGAUCGCUCACUCGCCAAGACGAACAUCGGUUGCCAGAGCUACAUGGCGCCCGAGCGCAUCAAGGGCGAGUCGCAGGGCGCCGUCAUCUCGUACAGCGCCGCCUCGGACGUCUGGUCCCUCGGCCUGACCGUCAUCGAGACGGCCGUCGGGCACUACCCGUACCCGCCCGAGACGUACUCGAACGUGUUCGCCCAGCUCACGGCCAUCGUGCACGGCGAGGCGCCGACGCUGCCCGACUCGUACUCGGACGCCGCACACGCGUUUGUCGAGUCGUGCCUGCAGAAGGACGCCGCCCGCCGGCCGACCUAUCAGCAGCUCCUCGACUCGGAGUGGCUGCGCGACGACGACAAGCGCGAGGUUGACAUGGCCGGCUGGAUCGCCACGUCGCUCGAGUACCGCAAGACGCACCCCAAGAUUCAGGCGCCCGCACUGGCCUAA